AUGAGUCAAAUUAUUUUCAAAAAGAUAAACGAGGUUGAUCCCAAUAAUUCAGAAGCUGUGAAGGACGUUCUAGCCACGUUUUUUCAACAUUUAUCAAAACAUUCUGAAACAAAUAGCAGCAAAUGGCUUCGUACCUUAGAAGAUAUCAUUAUUCGGUAUCCUAAAUAUUGUGGAUCGCAUAGAAACACAAUAGAAUUAUAUCUAUCAAAAUUUGUUGACUCAACUGAUUUUGUUCAUGUAAUUGCAGCAGCCAAAUGUGCACAUGCUAUUCAGCAGGUGAGAUCACCUCAAGAGAAGUCGGCAACAGCCAAAGCUUGUUGGAAGGAACAUCUUAUUGUUUUAAUCAACAUAGCACAUAAACUAAUUAGUGAACUAUUCCCUAAUACUGUAGAUAUGUAUAAGGAUAGAGCAAACAGUCAGAAACCACAGUUUCAGACAACAGUCACAUCUCCAUUAUAUUCAGCAUUCACUCAAAUGAAUUCAGUAAAAUCACAAAAUGCUACUACAAACAAGCAACACCUUCUAAGUACUAAACUUAAGAAUGUGUUUAUGUUCCUUCAGGCUAUGCUUGUCCUAGGUGCGAAUCUAAUACCAUUUUCGGAAUUAAUCUUCAAAUUCAUCAUACAAACGCUCAAUUGGACCACUGAUAAUCCGAGUGAAGAAUCAAGCGUGGCGCGCUGGCUGCGGUGCGUGCGCGCGCACCGGCUGCGGGGCGGCGCGCGGGAGCACGCGCUCGCCGCGCACCUGCUGGCCGACGUCGCCCCGCCCGCGCGCCUCGUACAACUCACCGUGAGAACACAUCGCAUUUUUUUUUUUUAUGUUUUAACGGCACUGGGUUCUUCCUUUUUGCCAAUCUUUGCCUUGUUGGUAUGUUAG